UGGCUACAAGUGUCCCGACUGUGCUAGGACGGAGCCCUCUGCAGCGGCUGCACGCGGUCCUGUGAAGACCAGAACAGAAGUUGCGUUUUUCCUGUUAAUCCGUGUGCACACAGCACACAUGUUCUGUGGAUACAGGAUUGUAAAAGAAUAACUUUUUCCUUAAACUAAUUCAACUCGCUGACUUUGACGUGGAUGAGAGAAAACAAAAAGACGACAAAGGACUUGAUCCUACCUCAGUGUGCUAUGACUCGUGAGUAUAGUCUCGGAAAUAACGACUCGUAACGCUCCAGCGGACCCCAGGAAAGACUGGGGUGGUUUGAGCUGUACGCCGCUGCAACAGGGAUGAUUACAUCCCAUAUGAACGGUUAUGUUCAAGAGGCUUCUGGUCGGGCCGUGAGCCACAGAGAGAGGGCUGUGGACUGUCCAGGAGAGGAGAGUAGCCUCGUCAAAGCUCCACACUGCAGUGCCCACAUGGAAAGAAUCCAGCAUUACCAAGAAGAGUUAAGGAAGAGAAGAGAGGAGGAUGGCAAGGGGAAGCAUGACAUCGACCCCAACGCUUCUUUGAGGCUCAAGAAGCUGUCACAGAACCCUAAAGUGGGCAUUGACAAUCCCACCUUCGAUGGGAAGGAAAAUGCUACCAAAGACUCAAGCUCCUCAGGUCCUGUAGUGGAACUGGAGGAUUUGCUGCAGGCUGUGAAAUGGGUGCAGCACUGCUUGAAUGAUCCUCAGAGCCAGCAGGAUGUGGAUCUGAUAAUGCAGCUGUUAGCCAAGGAAGAAUUCAAGAAUGCCUACACGAUCUACACUGUUUUGUCCCAGCAGAUGAACAGAGUCAGUCCCACCUCACCCCUCACAGCACAAGCACAGGACCUGUGCCAGGAGGUUCAGAGGAUUCUCCAGUCGAGCCAACAAAAGGAGGGUUUGGAGCUCCAAGCCUUGCUCACCAAUCCCCAUCUGCAGGCAUUGAUGCAGGCUCAUGACAGUGUGGCAGGGCAGGAAAUGGCUGAGGAAAAUGUGACCCAGUAUCUCGGAGAGACGGUUAAAUUAGUACGACUUGAGAAGGCCAGAGACACACCGCUGGGUGCAACAGUACGAAAUGACAUGGACAGUGUGGUUGUAAGUCGUGUGGUGAAAGGUGGAGCAGCUGAGCGGAGUGGUCUGCUCAGCGAAGGAGACGAGAUCCUGGAGAUAAACGGGAUUCCUAUUCGUGGAAAACACAUCAAUGAAGUUCAUGACUUGCUGCAACAAAUGCAGGGCACCCUGACUUUCCUCCUUAUCCCAAGCUCUCAGAUUAAACCUGCCCCUCACAGACAGACUGUGAUUCAUGUACGUGCUUACUUUGACUACGAUCCCUCCGAUGACCCCUUUGUGCCGUGUCGGGAGCUUGGCCUGUCCUUCCAGAAAGGAGACAUCCUGCACAUCAUCAGCCAGGAUGACCCCAACUGGUGGCAGGCCUACAGGGAUGGAGAUGAAGACAGCCAGCCCUUAGCUGGACUCAUUCCAGGUAAAAGUUUCCAGCAACAGAGAGAGACACUGAAGAAAACUAUAACAGACAAAAGUCAGGAGCAGCAAGGGAAAGUAUGGUAUUCAAAGAAGAGCAAGAAACUGAAGAAAAGAAACAUAUCAACCUUGAGCAAAAGUACAGACUACGAUGACAUCCUGACCUAUGAAGAGAUGUCCCUCUACCAUCAGCCUGCUAACCGCAAACGCCCCAUAGCCCUGAUUGGGCCAGCAAACAGCGGUCAUGAUGAGCUGCGUCGGAGGCUUCUCUCCAUCGAACCAGACAAGUUUGCUGUCGCCGUUCCACACACAACCAGAAACCCAAGGAUACAUGAGCGUAAUGGACGCGAAUACCAUUUUAUGAGCCGCUCUGCCUUUGAAACAGACUUGGCAGCAGGGAAGUUUAUUGAAUCCGGGGAGUAUGAGAAGAACUUGUACGGCACCAGCACAGACUCUGUCCGACACGUCAUCAACUCUGGACGCAUCUGUUUGCUCUGCCUACACACGAGAUCACUACGGGUACUGAGAUCCUCCAACCUCAAACCAUAUGUCAUCUUCAUCGCCCCUCCAUCUCAGGAACGACUACGCGCCCUGCUGGCCACAGAGAGGAAAACACCAAAGCCAGAGGAGCUAAAGGAGGUCAUUGAAAAAGCCCGCGAGAUGGAACACACCUUUGGCCACUUCUUUGAUGCAACUAUUGUGAACAUGGAUCCAGAGCAGGCAUUCCAUGAGCUACGCAGGUUGAUAGAUAAACUGGACACUGAGCCACAGUGGGUGCCCACGUCGUGGCUGUGCUAGAGGUUGCUGGGUCACAGCACGAGGAGUCUUAAAGUAAGAGGUAAAACAAAAGGAGCAAAAUUGAAGACUGAAGGACAGACAGUGGUAAAAUGUCACUGUAUUUUCAAUUGCACAUUUUCCUCGUUUGUAGAGGAGGCGGCCAUUAUGGCAUGCUGCAGGGAUGGACUCAGAGUUUCUUUAUCUUUUUGUUUCUGUGUAUCGUUUGUGUGGUUUUUUUGAAUUUCUUUUUCUGUUUCAUUAAGGUUUUAUGUUUUAUGAAAAAUCAUUUAUUUCACAAAUAGAAAUAUUUCUAUCCUAUUCUAAAUAGUUAUUUAUCAUUGUACAUAUUUAUUUUCCAGACAGAAGGGAGAAAUAUUUUAUUGUUACAGCGUUGCAUCCAGCAGAAUGAGUUUUAAAAAGGCUUCCUGAUAAAGCAGCAAGCCAAAAAUCUCAUCAGAUACCAAACUGCAGGGUAGUUUUUGUGCUAUGUCUUCCAUUCAGUUGUAGAAAAGAUUAAUCUGCUGUAAGCUGCACAGUUUUGGAGUUCUUUCUCAACACCAGUGUCAGUAUUAUAUGAUUUAUACUGUGUUAACACCAGGCUCUGGCUGGUGUCAUUACUACCAGUGUGUAGCUGUAUAGUACUGCUAAGAUUGUUUUUUUUUUUUGUACCAAAAUAGUAUGAGCAAGACUUCCUGUCACUUAGUUCAAGUCCAACAGAUAUUAUCGCUCCUUUAUGAGGCAUUAAGUUAUGCAUAAGCACAAUUUUGCUAAAGUGUUAAUAAAAUCAAAUAUGUGAA